AGUGCACCUGCCUCUCUCAGCCCAGCGCCACGGCUGCCAUGCUCCUUCCCGGCCUCUUGCUUCUGCUCUGGCUGCCUGCCAGCCCAGCCCGCCAUGGCCCCCAGCUCUGGGGGGGAGCCCACCCCCAUGGGACCCCACGCUGCUAUUCGGCUGAGGAACUGCCCCUGGGCCAGGCCCCGCCACACCUGCUGGCUCGAGCCGCCAAGUGGGAACAGGCUCUGCCCGUAGCCCUGGUGGCCAGCCUGGAGGCGGAGGGCCGCAGAAGGCGGCAUGACAGGCCCCCAGCUGGGACCCAGUGCCCGGUGCUGCGGCCUGAGGAGGUAUUGGAAGCCGACAUUCACCAGCGCUCCAUCUCGCCCUGGAGAUACCGCGUGGACACCGACGAGAGCCGCUACCCGCAGAAGCUGGCCUUCGCCCAGUGCCUGUGCCGGGGCUGCAUCAGCGCCAAGACGGGCCGAGAGACGGCCGCGCUCAACUCCGUGCCGCUGCAGCAGACGCUGCUGGUGCUCCGGCGCCAGCCCUGCUCGCAGGACGCCACGGGGUCGCCCACGCCCGGGGCCUUCUCCUUCCACGCAGAGUUCAUCCGCGUACCCGUGGGCUGCACCUGCGUCCUGCCCAGGUCGGCACAGUGACCGGAGGCCUUGGC